UUUCUCGAAUCGACAAAAAUAAAAAAGCGAAGAACUUUAUUUUUUAUUCGAAUCAUUCUCGAUCCUUUUUCUUCCUCAUCAUCCUGCCAAAAAAUUCAGUCUUUUAAGAAGAGAAAGUGCGAAGAACCCAUUUGAAUUAUGCUUAUUUGCAACUUAAAUUCUCAAUCUUUCACCCCGAAAUUCUAAAAGUUGUCUAUUUUUAGUAAAAAUAAUUCCUUCUUCAAGUUGCAGAGAUUUAGUAAGUGAAAGGUUUUUUUUUCUUCAUUAAAAGAUGGUGUCACAUGAAGAGAACACAAGUAUUGUGGAAUGGUUUCUUGGUCCGCAUCCAUACACGUAUCCUCCUUAUGGCAUUGAGUUGAUUCAGGAGGAAGACGAAGCUCAUCAUCAUCAUCAGACCGGUGAAUAUUACAGAGAGUAUGAAGAUCAUCGUAGUAGCAGCGAUGUAGAUAACGAUGAGAUCAUUGCUCGAACACUCCAAGACGAUUUUUUGCAGCUUGAAAUCGCAGAAAGUAACGAUUUUUCAAACCAUCAUCAUCAACAACAACAACAACAUCAUCAUCAACAACAAGAAGGUUAUACUAACAACUAUAGCAAUACUAACGAAUAUGGUUGGAACGAUCAAUCCGCUGUGGAUUACUCUUCAGAAUGGGUAGGAAAUGAUAACGACCAAGAUGGGAGGAGCGAUGAUUCGGCUAAUAUCUUUUCGUGUUCAAGCCCGAGUGACACGGAUGAGUAUGUAUACUCGUGGGAAUCAGAUCAGUGUGAUGCUGAUGGUGAAUUCGGAAGGAGGUUGAAUCAGAUGGUCCCGAUUCCGUAUGUACCGAAAAUAAAUGGAGAGAUACCUCCGGAAGAAGAAGCAGUUUCAGAUCAUGAAAGACUUCGGAAUAGGUUAGAAAUGUUUGACUUUGCCGAGGUCAAAGUUCCUGGAGAUGGUAAUUGCCAGUUCCGUGCUUUGGCUGAUCAACUAUACAAAACCGCAGAUCGUCAUAAACACGUUAGGCGACAAAUUGUGAAACAGCUCAAAUCUCGUCCAGAUUCUUAUGAAGGAUACGUUCCUAUGGACUUCUCUGAGUAUCUAAAGAAGAUGUCUCGGAGCGGCGAGUGGGGCGAUCACGUUACAUUACAGGCAGCUGCAGAUGCGUAUCGGGUGAAAAUAGUAGUGCUAACAUCAUUCAAGAAUACAUGUUAUAUUGAAAUUCUUCCUACCUCUCAAGAAUCCAAAGGAGUAAUCUUCUUGAGCUUCUGGGCAGAGGUUCAUUACAACUCCAUCUACUUAAACAGAGAUACAUCUGCAACAGAGCUACAGAGGAGGAAAAAAUGGUGGCGUUUCGGGAACUAGACAGAGCAUGAAUCAUCAUUUUUAAGUUAUAUUUAAUAUUUAUUGACUUGAGAGAUAGAGACAGAGAGAGGAUGAACAAAGCUCACAGCUUCAAAGGCUUACAAUAAUAAUAGUAUUAUUUUGCAUGAAAGAGAGAAUUGUCUGCCAAAAACAGAAUUAACAAAUCAAAUAAAAUACGCAAUAUUUUCUUGUUAA